AAGUAGCCCAAGCAAGCCAAGUAAUAAUACAAGCAAACCAAUCCAUUUUCUGCAAAAAGUAGCACGCCGACACACAUACCAAUCCAGCAGGCAGCAAGAGAACUUCUCUCUCCUCACCCUCUCUUCGAUCUACAGAUCUACUCCAUUAACCACUGGAUUUUGGACCUUUUGGUGUUGGAGACUGACUUUGAAGAAUUACACAGAAAGAAUAACUGAGCAAUGGCUCUCUCCUUGCAACGUUUCACUUGGGCGGAUACCGGCAGUCGUUUCGCCCAAUUGUUGAAAGAAAGAAUUAGAAAUGAAAAAGAGAGGUCAAUGUUAAUUGCAAUCAACAAGUUGGAUCAUUUGCCUGAAAAUCUGAUUAUUGAGAUUCUGUCAUGGCUGUCAGUGAAAGAUCUGUUACAAUACAAGAGUGUUUGCAAAUCAUGGUAUGCUAUAAUUUCAAGUCCUAAUUUCAAAUCAAAACAUCUGAAAAACUACUAUAACAACAAUGAUGAUUGGCGGGGUUGUCUCCUUGUUCAGCAUUAUGUUACCCAUGCUGAACUUCAAUUGUACGCGUUGUUAGUAGACGAAACUCCUCGAGUUUUAGCUGAUGAAGUGUUGUAUAGCAUUCCAUUGUAUAGUUCAUAUGCCUGUGGUCCUUGUGAUGGAAUAUAUUAUCUGUAUCAGUACGACUCUAGUGAUCGUGCCUUGUGGAAUCCGGCCAUCAAUGAGUUCAAAAGCUUACCUAAAUUGAUCUGUAAGGCUGAUCUUCCGUCUAGUUUGACUUAUGCAGCUAAUGAAGUUUAUGGUUUCGGGUUAGAUCCUAUAACUAGAGACUAUAAGGUGGUUGUUAUUAAAGGUUAUUGGAGUAACAAUGAUGAAGAAACUGAUGUUAAGCAUCCUUUAUCGGUGCUUGUAUACUCGUUAAGUACUAAUUCGUGGCGAUAUUGUGGAGAUCUUGCCAAGGCUUAUGAUUUAGAAAGCAAUAAAUGUUACUUGAAUGUGAAUGGAUGUUGUUACUGGUUUGGGUCAUUUGAGUAUACUUCUGAAGUGAUUGUUUCUUUUGACAUGGCUACUGAUGAAUUUAAAGAGAUUCAUGUUCCUGAUUAUGCACUGCCAAGUUCUAAGUGUUUGGGAAUAUAUGAUGAUUGUCUUGCAUUUUUAUCACUUCAUGAGAGUGAGAAAAAUCUUGAAAUAUGGACUUGGAAUGAGGAGUCUUGGACCAAAAAAGCAACUGUGGGACCGUUUCCUGAUGUUAGGGGUCCUAUUGGUCAUUGGAAAGAUAAUAGACUCAUAUUACAAUGUGAAGAUGGUAAGCUAGUCAUACUUGAUCGAGGUUCGCAAGAAGUACGGGAUCUUGCAUUUCAGAAUGAUAGGUGGUGUGAAGGAGUUUUUGCGUACAUGGAAAGUUUGGUUUCGAUCAAAGAUAAGACUGAGUCAGGUCAGGCGGAGGAAGUUGAAGCAUAAGAUAACCAAGCUCAAGUCUUUCCUCAUUUUCUCCACAGGCUUCCUAGUGUGUAAGUUUUUGUGUUUCUAGUGGAAUAACACCAGCCUAUAUGUUUGAGUGCGUGCUUUAGUGUGUAUAAGAGUAAUCAGAGGCUGGUGGAGAAUGUUGAUACUAUAAUAUUCCAUUUUGUGAUAAGAACUCAAAAGUCUUUUAGUUGGAUAUUCUGUAUUAUGUCAUUGACAUAGGGAUAUAAAGGAAUAUCUUGUCUUGUAUAAUCAGUGUUGCCUGUCUUGUAUGAUCAGUGUUGCCUUUUAUGUUCUA